AUGAGCACAGCGUCAUCAACAGCCGCUCCACCUCCCUGGCGUCCAUCUCCGGCGGGCACCCUGCCACUACUGUGCGCACCACGGGGGCCGACGACGACCUCUCUGCCGCCAGCGGCUCGCACCGCCGCGAAUCCACGCACGGUCGGGCAGAUCCCGCCGCCGGUGCGCAGUCGUGCGGAGACCGCGGCAGGGAUCCCGCCGCCGGCGCGCGCGAGCCCGCGGCACGGCUCCCUCCUCGUGUGGGUCACCGGCGCCGUGCUCACGUUGGUCUUCCUCUGGUGGGUCACCGACGCCGUGCCGCUGGAGGUCGCGUCCAUGGCGCCGCUCUUCCUCUUCCCUCCUCGAGCUCCACCGCAUGAGCUCGGUCACCGCCAUGGAUCGCCUUCUCGAGCUCCGCCGCACGCCAUGGAGGGCCUCCUCGAGCUCCACCGGAUCUGGCACGGUGGCGCCCCCUUGAGCUCCGCCGGAUCUAGGGGCCCCGCCGCCGGAUCGAGGGGUCCCGGCGAGGCACGACGACGGUGGGUCGGGCGAGGCACGGCGGCUCCCACAGCCAGCUCCUGCAGCGGCCGGCUCGCACGGCCAGCUCCUGCGGCGGGGACGUCCCACGCACCCCACGGCGGCGGCGGCGGCCGGCUGCCCACGCGCCUGCUCCCCACGGCCGGCGCCCGCAGUGGCCAGCUCCCACGACCGGCUCCCGCAGACCCGCAGCGGUGGCGGCCUGCGCGCCCCACGGCGGCGGCGGCCGGCUGCCCGCGAGCUGCAGAGAUAAGAGAGAUGAGAGGAGGGUAA